AUGAUAUUCGUCCUUCGUAUGCCAUCCCCAAAUCCGACUGGAAACGAGACCGGACAGCGCCAAGCGCACGUCAAUCACAUUGUGCCCGCCCCGGCGCAGGCUGAAGCGGACCGUACCGCGCGAGCUCGCAAUGACUUCCGUUUGCAGUACGCGUUGGGGAUCAUCGCGCUAGCAGUACAAAUAAUCACGAGCGCUACGAACGCUGACGGACGGAACUCACCCGUGCUCGCCGUCGCAACUGUCCUCUCGAUCUGUGCCCUUGUCGCCGGCAUUGCUGCAACCAGCAUUCUCUUGAUCUCGGACCACGGCCGGGUCGUCGUGACAAACCUGCUGAACAUCGUCGGCAUGGUGUGUGUCCCCAUGUCGCUGCUAUUCCUGGUAUCCGCAUCCUCGUCGACCGCCGUGAUUAUCGUCGUCGGCGCGAUCUUCGGCCUCGGUUUCUUGUUCACGUCAUUGAUUAUGUGGCUCCAUAGUUUCUAG